AUGUCUGUGAGAAAGAAGCUUACGACCACCUAUGACCCUGAGCGGACUAUACAGCCAAUCUAUACCAGCGGUGAUGUUGCCCUUGACCGAGAGGGACGGAUCCUAGCAACAUGCUUGGGCGAAGAAGCUCUGCUCACGGAUUUGGGCACUGGGGAGCUACUGGCUCGCAUAGAGGGUGAUGGCGAGGUCCUAACGACGCUCUCACUCACGCCAAGCGCGUCGCAUCUCAUAGCAUGUUCUCGUUCGUUAUCCAUGAAGAUGUAUGCAUUACAGCACUCCGAGAACGACACACCCUUAGUCAAUGCAUCACUAUUAAGAACAUUGAAGCCUCACACAACCCCGGUGAUUACGGCUGCAGUAGACAGUAGCGGGACCCUACUGGCAACAGGAGGCGCUGACGGAGUCCUCAAAGUAUGGGAUAUCAGGGGAGGAUAUGUCACGCAUACCUUCCGUGGCCAUGCUGGUGUCAUCUCUGCUCUACAUUUCUUUGAAGUCUCGGCUGCCGAGCAUGACAAGAACACGAAGUCCAAUAAGAAGCGACGAUCGAGGAGUGAUUUGCAACGAGAUGAAGACACGUCUAAAUGCCAUGAUUCGGGAGCAGCAUUCCGCCUGGCGUCCGGCAGCGAGGAUGGCAAGAUAAGGAUCUGGGACCUCGCAAAGCGUAAAUCAGUGGCAACGUUAGAUUCUCAUGUUUCUGUCGUUCGGAGUCUCGAUUAUUCGGCAGACUCGCAUACCUUUGUUUCUGCCAGCAGAGACAAGACUGCCAUUGUUUGGGAUGCCCGCACUUGGAAAUCGAGAAAAGUCAUGCCCAUCCUUGAGAGCGUUGAGGCCGUAGGGCUACUCGAGGAAGGUACCCUGCUUUACGCUGGAGGCGAACGCGGAAGACUGAGAAUAUGGAAUGUCGAGACUGGAAGAGAGGUAACAAAAGAGCAGGAAGCUGGUGGAGAAGGACAUGGAAUUGUGCACGUUUUGCAAAGUUUCAGUCAGAGGUUCCUACUUUCUGUACAUGCAGAUCAAUCAUUGAUACUCCAUUCGACUGCUUCCCUCUCAAAAAUACCGUCUGACGUCCUCAUUGAACCGCUGCCUAUCAUUCGUCGGAUAUCUGGAACGCAUGACGAGAUCAUAGACCUAGCUUAUGUGACGCCAGAUCGGGCGCUGUUGGCCUUAGCCACCAACUCUGAAGAUAUCCGUCUUGUCUCUUUGGCAAGCUCGAAAUCAGAUUCACUAUCAGCAACUUCUGCGAGGUACUUCGGCGCUGACGUCGCCCUCCUCGAGGGCCAUGAGGAUAUUAUCAUAUGCCUCUCUGUCGAUUGGUCUGGCUGCUGGCUCGCAACAGGUGCCAAAGAUAACACAGCACGUCUAUGGCGAAUAGACCACGCCUCAAAUUUGUACCAGCUAUACGCGACAUUUACAGGCCAUGCCGAAUCAAUCGGAGCAAUAUCUCUCCCCUCGUCAGCACCACCUCAAAACCCAUCUGAACGUACGAAUCCUCUCGAGCAUACUCCACCGUUCCUUUUGACAGGUUCCCAAGACCGCACCAUUAAACGCUGGAACGUUCCCAAAACGUCAACAUCAUCCUCCAGAGCGCUAUACACUCGCAAAGCCCACGACAAAGACAUCAACGCCAUAUCCCUCUCCUCGACCUCCUCUCUUUUCGCCUCCGCCUCCCAAGAUCGAACCGUCAAGAUCUGGUCAACAGAAGAAGGUGAAGUCCAAGGCAUCCUCCGCGGCCACCGUCGCGGCGUUUGGUCCGUCGUCUUCGCACCUAAAGACACCCCCCCCAUAUCUGGGGAGAAUGGACCUGCAAGCUCCAAUCGAGGACUAGUACUAACAGGCAGCGGGGACAAGACUGUCAAGAUCUGGAGUCUGAAUGAUUACAGCUGUCUGCGCACACUAGAAGGCCAUACCAACAGCGUACUCAAAGUGCUCUGGCUUCCAACCACAUCUUCAUCAAUCACAUUGAAUGCUUCGGCCUCAUCAACACGUCCCCCUCUCAUCGCUUCCGCUGGAGGCGACGGUCUCCUGAAAGUCUGGGAUGCAUCAACAGGCGAAGUCGCAGCAACGUUAGACAACCACACCGACCGCAUCUGGGCGCUUACCGUCAACCCAGACACCGGCAUGCUGGUGUCCGGUGGCGGCGACAGCGUUGUUACGUUCUGGAAAGACACGAGUAGUGAGACGGCGGCCAAGACUUCUGCGGCGGCUACGAAGCGUGUGGAGCAGGAUCAGGAGCUGCAGAACCACAUCCACCGGGGGGACUACCGGGAAGCCAUCACCCUGGCGCUGGCGUUGAAUCACCCGGCAAGGUUGCUGAGCCUGCUGCAAGGCGUGGUGGACACGCAGCCGCGGGAAGCGGGGUCGAUAUCCGGGUCGACCGCCGUCGAUCAGGUCCUCGGCUCCCUCGGCGACGAGCAACUCCUCUCCCUCCUCGCCCGGGCCCGGGACUGGAACACCAACGCCCGCACCUGCGCGGUGGCGCAGAGGGUGCUGGGUGUGGUGGUCCGGAGCUACGGCGCCGAGAGGCUGGCCGGGCUGGGGAAGAGGAGGGGCGGGAGGGAGGUGGUGGAGGCGUUGAGGGUGUACACGGAGAGGCACUACAGGAGGAUCGAGGAACUGUGGGGGGAAAGCUGGCUGGUUGAGUUUUUGCUGGGGGAGAUGGAGCAGUUGGGUGUGGCUGGGGAGCGGGGGGGUGCGGAGGAUGUGGUGGGUGCGGAGGGGGGAGGCGGUGGGGAUGUCGUUAUGGUAGAAUAG